AUGUCUCACAGUCUCUCCCUCAAGCCGUUUCCAAUGUCUUUUCUACAUGCACAACUGUCUUACGACUGCAGCGUCAUUCCCACUCAGGCAAGGCCCAAUCAACCAUCCACUUUGAUCCAAGUACUUCUUCUAUCGUCAAGCGUUCCUCGGCUCAAGCAAAUACCGGGAUGGGCAAUGACGUCCGUCCCGCCAACGCCAAGACGCUUGAGUCUCAUCCACAAACGCUAUGACCACAUCCAGCCUCGCGCUCAAUCACGGCCCAAACGUCCCGAGUGCGAGCAGAAGACGGCGACGCCACCAUCUUCAUCGUCAGCCAAUCUUAGCAUGGAGCAGGGUGUCGGUAAUCUACAGCAAGCCACAUCAAGAACCCUGAAUGUACCUGGCUGUGGGACGUCAUACCCAGGCCUUGACUCGUUACUGUGCUACGUGCAUCUGCGCAGUCCCUGCAUGACGUAUGCUUGUCCUGUGAGGGCUGCAGAUCGAGCCGUUUCGGGCGUCUUGGGGUUGGAGAACUUGAUUCUCGGGGUCUGGGAGGGAUAUGGUAGGGUGAGGUUUGCAUGGGUUGGUGGAGGGCUGAUGGCAUCAUAG